AUGGGUGACCUGCCACACCACCGAGUUAACCCGUCUCCACCCUUCAGCAGGACAGGUAUCGAUUACGCUGGCCCAUUUUUCAUUCGCCAGGGGGUGCGAGGUGCAACGAAGAUCAAGGCAUAUGUGGCACUAUUUAUUUGCUUGAGCACAAAAGCCAUUCAUUUGGAGCUAGUGUUGAAUCUUUCUACGGAGGCCUUCCUAGCAGCCUUGCAACGCUUCGUUGGUCGUCGCGGUGUGCCGGAAUUGUUGAUGUCGGACAACGCUACCAAUUUCAAGGGUGCCUGUAACGAAUUGCAUCAGUUGUAUGAGCUGUUCCAUUCUGAUGAAGAAUUGAAAGUCAUCGAACGAUACUGCGCAUCCAAGGAAAUCCGGUGGUCCCUUAUCCCACCACGGACCCCCAACUUUGGUGGAGUUUUGGAAGCAGGAAUAAAGGCCGCCAAGAAUCGCUUGAAGAUCGUACUGUACGAGGCAGCCAUGAAUUUCGAAGAAAUGACAACUGUGUUGGUGCAGGUGGAGGCCAUACUCAAUUCGAAACCUCUAACUCAGAUUUCGAAUGAUCCCUGCGACUAUACUGCAUUGACACCUGGUCAUUUUUUGGUUGGAAGGGAAUUGACUGCGGUACCUGAGCCUGGAUACGGAUCGUUUCGUGUGUCGUCCCUUACACGCUGGCAACACGUCCAGAAACUGAAGCAGGAUUUCUGGGCAAGAUGGUCUGCUGAAUACCUGUGUGAGUUACAACCACGAGGAAAAUGGUUCAAAGGGAAGCUGAUGUUGAAGCCCGGUAUGCUGGUGGUCCUACGCGAGGAUAACAUCAUAGACUAA